AGAGAGGGAUCGAGAAGGGAAAAGGAAACUACGCUGCAGAGAAAAGGGAAGAUAAAUUUUCUCAGAUCCGGUCCGUUUCUCUGCAAAAUCGAACACGAGAAGAUGACUACCUUCAGCGGCGAUGAGACUGCUCCAUUCUUCGGCUUCCUCGGCGCUGCUGCCGCCCUUGUUUUCUCCUGUAUGGGAGCUGCAUAUGGAACCGCAAAGAGCGGGGUUGGUGUGGCCUCCAUGGGUGUGAUGAGACCAGAGCUUGUUAUGAAGUCGAUCGUUCCAGUUGUUAUGGCUGGAGUGUUGGGUAUUUAUGGUUUGAUUAUUGCUGUUAUCAUUAGUACUGGUAUUAACCCUAAGGCCAAAUCCUAUUAUCUUUUUGAUGGUUACGCUCACCUUUCUUCUGGUCUGGCUUGCGGCCUCGCUGGCCUUUCUGCUGGAAUGGCCAUUGGGAUCGUCGGUGAUGCUGGUGUGAGAGCCAAUGCUCAGCAGCCAAAGCUUUUUGUUGGAAUGAUCCUCAUUCUCAUCUUUGCUGAAGCUCUUGCCCUGUAUGGACUUAUUGUUGGCAUCAUCCUAUCAUCUCGAGCUGGUCAAUCAAGAGCUGAAUAGAGGAAGGCGCCCUGGUCGGUGGUUGUGCGGGUUGUUGCUGCCCUUUAAGAAUUAUUUUUGUGUUCUCUCUGGCUACAGAUGGUGGUUCUGCUCAGGAUGAAGUGCUGUUUUCUUCAAAAUUCUUAUAUGCGGGUGUGAUUGUGGAUCGAGCAGUAGAAUGUGGAAUUAGGAAUUAGUUUCUCGCUGGGCUCUGAAUAAGUUUUUAAGUUGUUUCUUUUUCAUUUAUCCAAUGAUGUAUUUUGCAGAUACCAGUUCGGAUUUGUUUAGAAACACUCGCAUGUACUAUUUUAUGAGAUUCCUGCUGCCUACAUUUUUCAUU